GCUAAUUCGCCAAGGACCAAUCAUAGCGUCUGCCGGUGGCGUACUCCUUCGUGUCAAUUGGUAAAGGUGGGUGGAAAUAGUAUUGAGCAGUAAAACGGUCCAAUAUUUAUCAUCCAGGGGAAUUUAUUAUUCUAUUCCAAACAUGUCAAGUGAUGACUUUCACAGCUAUGAUUUAUCAGCUUCAGAUGAAGACUUUGAGCUUCCAGUGAAAACCACCAAACGAAAACAACUGGCAGCGCCGAGCUCACUGCCACCCAAGAGGCCAAGGCACAAAUAUGCAUUGAGAGCUACACCGAGCAUGGCUAGUAGCCCCAUUCUCUCUAUGCCAGAAGCUUCUCAGGAGGAGCAGUCUUCCCAAGAGACACCCACGCAGGCUUUACCCAAGCCAGGGAAAGCAGCAAUGAACAGGGUUGACCAGCCUAUCAGUGCAAAGGAUAUUUAUGAUGCUGUCAGCUCUGGAAAGAGUGACCUAUUGACGGUGGUUGAAGAUUGGCUGGACUACUACAAACAGAGUCGUGAGCCAGGAUUGCUGGUGCUCAUCAACUUCAUUGUUAAGUGCUGUGGAUGCCAAGGAGUGGUUAGCAGAGAGAUGCUCGACUCCAUGCAAAAUGCAGAAAUCAUCGCCACGCUAACCAGACAGUUCGAUCAGGGUUCAGCGAGAUAUCCUUUGUCCGGAAUAGGCUCCUCGCUGAAGCGAUUUCGAGCGGGCCUUUGCGAGUUUGCCCGCAUCCUGGUGCGCUCCUGUCGGAGUAAUCACAUUUAUGAUGAUUACCUCUUCCCCUCCUUGUUAUCUCUCCUCACUGGGAUGUCUGACUCCCAAGUCAGAGCAUUCAGACACACCAGCACCCUGAUCGCCAUGAAGCUGAUGUCAGGUCUGGUGGAGGUGGUUGUGGCAGUGUCCAUUCAGCUGCAAACCAUCCGGUGGCGGUACGACCUGGAGAAGGGCAAGGAGGCUCAAGACUCUCAGCGACUGGAAGAGCUCAAGGGUGCCAUCAGUGAGCUGCUGGAGAACAAGGAGGAGCUGUCGUCUAUGAUGAACGCCACCUUCCGGGGCAUUUUUGUACACCGCUACCGGGAUCGACUGGUAGAGAUCAGGGCAGCUUGCAUGGAGGAGCUGGGCGUGUGGGUCAGCACGGACCCAGAGAACUUCCUCAAUGACGGCUGCAUCAAAUACCUGGGCUGGAUGAUGAAUGACAAGGAAAGCAUGGUGCGUCUGCAGUGUGUGCGAAUCCUGCAGGGUCUCUAUCAGGAGGAGGACUUCAUUGGCCGCUUGGAGCUUUUCACCAGCAGAUUUAAAAAGAGGUUGCUCAACAUGGUAAUGGACAAGGAGUAUGAGGUUGCUGUGGAAGUGGUCAAGCUGCUCCUGCAAAUCCAUCAGAGCACGGAUGAAGGCCUGCAGGAGGAGGAAUGUGCUCAGAUCUAUCCCCUGGUUUACGCCACCAACCGCAGUUUGGCGUCUGCAGCUGGCUUAUUCCUCUAUAUGAGGCUGAAAAGUGUGAUUGACCGUGAGAAUCAGAAGGACAUCAAUACUGACUUUCUCCAAAUCCUCAUCUCCUUCUACAUUCAUAGUGAGUUCCAUGAGCAUGGAAUUUACCUGGUGGACAGCCUGUGGGAUGCUGCGGGUUCUGAGCUGAAAGACUGGGAGUGCAUGACAACACUUUUGCUGCAGGAAGCUGGUUUGAUUAACGAGGAGGAGGACGCACUCAUCGAAUUGAUGGUAUGUGCGAUCCGACGGGCAGCGGAGGCAACCCCACCCGUUGGUAGAGUCCAGAUCAAGAAGGGGCUGAAUAUGAAAGAAAAAAAGACCCAGGAACACGACAGGCGGCGUAUCACGACCCAUUUCAUCCCUUUACUGACACAGCUACUGGCCAAGUACUCAGCAGACGCAGGGAAGGUAAAACUCCUCCUGCAAGCGCCACUCUACUUUGAUCUGGACAUGUACAGCAGCACACAUCCGAUGGAGAAGCAUCUUGACCAGUUGCUGGCUCAGAUAUGCUGGAUUGUAGAGAAGCACACAGAUAAGGCUGUGUUGGCGGCGUGGAGCAAACUGGUUAACGUGCUUUGCUCCGACAGCCACGCCUUCUCCUCUCGCUCUCAUCGGGCAUUUGGUCAACUGUUUGACAGCCUGACUGAGUGCUUCAACACCUAUUUGAGUGACCUGAUGCAGGGUCCAACUGAUGAUGAUGUUUUCAAUGCAGCCAUGACCUUGAAAAGGAUCGCAGCCUUGGUCAGUGCCAAAAACCUACCAGGUGGGAGGCUGCUUUACUCCUGCAUGGACCUUCUUAAAAGCAGGAUGGAGUCCAGACAUCUCGACGAGGAACUUGUAGUGGCAGCUCUGAGGUGCUCUGCCUUCCCCCUGAUGUGGGCCAAAGUGAAUCUCCCCUCGCUUCCAACUCGGGAGGAAGUAAAUCGCCUGAAGAAGCAGGUGCGCUCCUUCUGCCAAAUCUGCCAAACAUGUCUGUCUCUUGGCCAAGCUGAGAUCAGGGAUCAGGCAUUUGAGUUGCUGUGUGACCUCCUGAUGCUUUACAGUGCCAAUUCCGUCCGCUCUGAACCUGCCCUCCAAAACCUGUACCACCGGCCCUCUGAUUCCCUGCGUGCAGAGAUGGCAGGUUUCCUUCUGGACUAUGUGUUCUCGGACACUGACGAUAUGGACUUGGAAGAUCAGCAGGAGGAGGAGAUAAAAAUUCUUCAGAAGAAGCGCAACCAGCUUGCCGGCUACUGUAAGUUGGUCAUCUAUGGCGUGAUGGACCUGACCGCUGCCACAGAUGUCUUCAAGCACUAUGACAAGUGCUUUAAGGACUUUGGUGACAUCAUCAAAGAGACCAUAAUGAAGACGAAGCUCAUCAAUCCUAUUUUGAGCGCCAGAACUCUAUGCCUGAGUAUGCAGCAGCUGUUUUCAGAGAUGCUGACAGAGGAGGCCAGCAUGAGGAACAUUGACGAGAUCAGACAUUUGGCCAGGAAGCUCGCCAUGAGUUUUGGCAAUAACCUUGAACAUGCUCGCAAACCACUGGUAUCUCUGCACAUGGAUGGCAUACGUUUUGCCUUCCGAGCAUCGCAGGAAAGGGAAGAGCAAUACCCGAAUGUGGCAUUCUUGGAGAUCCUUAGCGAGUUCAGCUUUAAGCUACUGCAACAGGACAAGACCCAGUUGGCCACUUACCUGAAAUCCCAGUGUCCCACUGCUGCCCUCUCCUGGCAAUCAGUCAGCAUGUAUUGGCGGUCCCUGGAGGGCACCGCUGCCAAGUUGGAGGACAGAGUUGAAGCCAUCAGUCCACAAACCAUCACGGUCACCAAACGCCAGAAGACCACUGCUCGAGGUUCACGGGCCACCUCCAGGAAAGAAUCCUGGUUGGACAGCAGCAGUGUCCACAGUGGUCUACCCACCCCGACCCUCACCUCCACUGCCCAGAAGCAGCCGCACACUAUUGUUGUGUCCAGGAAUGAUGUCAUCUUGGAAUCGGAUGUUGGCAGCGGUAUAACUCAACCGGAGUCUGAGGAUGAAUUCUCUUCAGGAUCACAGAUGCCAGAUGUGAUUGCCACCAAGAGAUUGAGCUCCACAGCAGAUCACAAAGAACCGAACACCUUACUACCGCUGAUCAAGGAUGACUUCGCAGAGCAAGAGGAAGCAAAGUCUGAUGAAUCCGAAAGUGAUUCUUCAUCCAUGCUGGCUUCCACUCAGCACAGAAGUCUCUUUGAACUGUUUGACUGAUAACACACAAGACUACAGUUGAGUUUUGACAGUCUGUUUUGUUAUAGUUUACAGACAAAAUGAUUUUCAGCCAUGAAUUUUGUAAUAGAAUUAGCAAGCAGAAGUAAAUGGAUUAAAAAAGGCUCCACAUUAUUGUUAUGAUACCGUAGGAGUACAAUGACAAAUGCUCAAGAGCUGUUUUCAUUUAAUCAUAUUCAUUUAAUGUUGAAAUGUUCGAAAGAGCUGUUUGAUUUCGAUCAUUAUUUAAUCAUCUGAAUUUAGUGUUGAAUUGUUCAGAAGCCCUGUUUUAUUUCAAUUGUUAUAUAAUCAUAUGAAUUUACAGUGUAGAAAUGUUCAAAGACCCGUUUUAUUUUGAUCGUUAUUUAAUCGUAGGAAUUUACUGUGUUGAAUUGUUCAAGUUAAUUUUGAA